AUGGAUAACGCAAAUUUAAAAAAUUUAAUUGAUGAUUUAAUAUUUAAUCAAAAUUUUCUUAGUUAUUAUGAUUUAAAAGUAUAUCUCCAAGACUAUGAUAACAAUAUAACGGAUGAUGAUAUGGAAUAUUAUUAUUCAUAUUAUGAUAAUGAAUUUUUGAAAUAUCAUGAUAGAAUAAUUUCUAAAAUUAAAGACAAAAUUAAAAAUAAUGAAUAUAUAAAGGGAAAAACUAAAUCACAACUUAAACAAUUGAAAGAUUUCAAAAAUAAAGUAUUAACAGAAGAAGAUAUUGAUGGAUUAUAUAAUUUAUAUAAUCCUGAGCCGCAAAAACAAAAGGAACAAAACGCCCAGGUCCUUCAGACCAUAAAUGAUGCACAAGCUUUAAUUUAUGAUUCAUUAGUUAAACCAUAUUCAGCCCGACUUUUAAAUGAAGAUCAACUUUUGGAAUUCAUCCUUCAACAUAAACUCGAAGCGGGAAAGUAUAUCAAACCUUUAUAUACAGCAUAUUUAAAACAAAUGAAUAGAAUACAUCCAGAAUUAAUGAAGGGGGGAAUGAAUUCCAAAAUCAAAGCAGAUAAAAUUAAACCACUUGCAACACCAAAACCUCCAACGACAGUACCUACAACACCAAAACCUCCAACGACAGUACCUACAACACCAAAACCUCCUCCUCCUUCAGUUAAUCCUUCAUCAUUCACUUUAUUAUAUCCAUUUCAAACAUUAAAGAAGCAAAAAGAUUUUAAAAAGGGUUUCAAGAUAUUAA